GGACGUGUCUCUUUCUGGCCCUGGCAGAUCAUGUGGACGUUCUCCAUUUACCUGGAGUCAGUGGCCAUUCUGCCCCAGCUCUUCAUGGUCAGUAAGACGGGCGAGGCAGAGACGAUCACCAGCCACUACCUCUUCGCGUUGGGCCUGUAUCGCGGUCUCUACCUCCUGAACUGGAUCUGGCGCUUCUACUCUGAGGGGUUUUUCGACCUAAUCGUCAUCGUUGCUGGCAUCGUUCAGACUGUUCUGUACUGUGACUUCUUCUACCUGUACAUCAGCAAAGUACUCCAGGGAAAGAAGCUGAGCCUUCCGGCCUAGAGGAUCUCGACAACGGGAGACGGAUCUCUUUGGAGGGAUGUCGUCGGUGUGGGGCAGACUCCAGGAGUGGGUGUAGGGGUAGAGAACCCCCAAUCCUGCGUUUGCUGGCGUCUCUCUCGCUUCUGGGUGCCACUCGGGAAGCUCCCUGUGCCAUGGGAAGAUGAGGGCAUUUCGUGGACAUUCAUUGUUCCUGCCCCACCCACAUCUCCCCUCGUCCUCUCUAUACUUUCCUCCCCGUCCUCACCCACUCCUUCCUCCUUCCCCAAUUUGCCUCUUGUGCCUCUCCCUGAGGGUGGGGCCGAGUCUGCGCUCCACUCCUGUGUCGGAAGUUUGUUUUCACUGGGUGUCUGGGAUUUGCUCCGUCUGGGUUGGGUGCACUCUGUAUAUAAACCAGUUCCAUUGCCGAAUGACGUGGUGCAAAUUGAAUAAACUCUCAGUGUUUCAACUUGU